AUGGAAGCCAACAGGCAACCGAAGGGAAAGCAAAAGAUAGCCAUGAAGAUGAUCGAGGACGAAGACGAUCGUCUGAUCACUUUCUCAAAGAGAAGGUCUGGGAUUUACAAAAAAACGAGUGAACUGGUCACUCUUUGCGGUGCAGAACUUGGACUGGUGAUCUUCUCACCCUCCGGGAAGCCGUUUUCCUUCGGCCACCCCUCGGCGGACGCGGCGGUGGACAGGUUCAUGGGCGACCGGGCCCCGAACGCCGUGGAAUCCGCCGCCCACCCGAUCGUGGAGGCCUUCAGGCGUCGGAAGGUGGAGGAGUUCAACGAGCGCCACAGCAGCCUCGCCGACCGCCUGGAGGACGAGAAGGCGCUGCGGAAGGCGCUGGCGAAUAAGCUGAAUGGAUUGGCUUUAGCCUCGCAGAAGAGGCUGAUGAAUGCCGCCGGCGAAAAUGAUGAUGAAGAGGAGGAAGAAGAGGAGGAGGAGGAGGAGGAGAAGCAGUGGUGGGAGGCCCCGCUGGACGGGCUCGACGCGGAGAUGCUCGACGCCAGGUACCAGUCUCUUCGGAAUCUCCACGAAAAAAUCUGCAGCCAUGUUAAGGAGAGGAUGGUCAAUGCGAAUUGUUCUACCUUUGGUGGCAAUGCUGUUGCUCCUCCUCCGCUGCCGCCACCGCAGCAGCCGCCUAAUUCUCCGUCCUAUGGAGGCGCCGGCAAAGGAUCUAGCCCGGCUUUUGGUGGUGCCGGGAAUCAGCAGGCUAAUCAGCUCCUUAAUUGGACUGGCUUUCCUUCUCCUUUCCCGGGCCUUGGCAAUGGAAACAAUAAUAAUGUGCAGUACUAG